CAUUCAAUCGAAAUUAACAAAAAAGAUAAAAAUAACUCAUUUUACCUGUUAGUCUUAACUUAGAAAUUCCUUUUAAUAAGUACUACAAAAUUAAUUUUUUCUUUACACAUUUGCAUAGGGUUACAACAUUAAAAAAUAUAUUCCAAAUGCAGAUAGUACACAACAAAGUCUGCAUCCAUUUCAUUAUUUUUGUAUUUUUGUAGAAUUAAUACAAAUUACAUUUCACAAAAAAUGGGCACUUUUUCAUACUUGACAUUUAAAUAGGAACUUUGAUUUGAUUUUUUUGCAGUGACUUGAAAUUGUAUGUAUAGUGCAUUAUCCAAGUGUAAAUGCUUUACAGAUUGUUGUUGUUUUCUUUAAGUUAAAUUUAUAAACUUUAGUAAAAUGUUAUUUACAAUUUUUUUUUUCAACAACCAGAUGCCGCCUUAUUUGUUGCUGUUGACGAAUGCCAGUGUGAUAUACGAUAUCUCAGGAUAUGUAGGUGACAUUUGGAAAAUCAUGGAAAAACGUCUAGGCAUAAGGAGCAAGUACGUAAGAGGCGACUUCGCCGCGGGGAAGAUCAUGCUGACGGAGAAGACGGGCGAUUUCCUGUUGGUGCCGAUCGUGGUGACCACUUCGGACGUCCAAGAGUUCGACUUUUCCAUUCCCAUCUUCAAGUCGUGGUACGAGUUGUACUCGAAGUAUACCGCCAACCGGGCCACUUCGAUGUCGUACUUGGUCACCUGGAGUCCGGAAGUAUGGAUAGCGUUCGUAUUGACCAUGUUCCUGAUCGUCAUGUGCAUGUGGUUCGUCGCGAAAACCAGACACUUUUCCAAUAUGUCGACUGAUGACACGGCGGACGAAUCUCUCAGCCUGACAUCUUAUUUCUUCGUCGUGUGGGGAUCGAUUUGCAGUCAAGGACUUCACACCGUCAACACCAACGCUUGUUCCGUGCGUGUCGUGUCGUGGGUCACGUUGCUGUUCGGACUGUGCAUCAGCACGUCGUACUCGGCUGUGCUUUUUUCCCGGUUGACCGUCGACAAGUCCGGCUUAGCCAUUCCGACGUUGGACUCUGUGGCCAGAAUGAAAACGCACGUACUUUGCGUGAGACGCUCAAGCUUUGCAUAUCUGCUGUUCAAGGCGAAGGAGACGGACGUGAUGUUGAUGGAAAAGUGGAGAGGACUUUUGAACGAGCCGCCAUGUCCGCAGUACGAAAACGGGAACAUCGAAGUGAUGGCCAAGACCGUGUGUAGCGAUCAAAACGUGCUGGUGCUGGAGACACCAAACGUGAUGGCUAGGGCCAUGGCCGCACAGAACGGUUGCCGGGUGGUCUCAUUGGCCGGGCGGCACGCGGUCGCCUACGCGUCUCUGUUGACUACCAAGGGAUCCCCUUACACGUCGAAGAUGAACCAAAUAUUAGUGUCGCUGUUCACCAACGGCAUAGCGGACUAUUUGCAAAAGAAAUGGUUGUCCCGGGCGUUCAAGGACCGAACGUACACGGAGGCGGACAGCAUCGGCGUGACCAUCGGUCACGUGCACGGCUUAAUGGUGGUGUUCGGGCUUUCGGUGGCCGUAGCCGUGGCCGUGAUGAUCGUCGAGAUGGCCGUGAGCCGAGGCGGAUCGAUCACGACGGACGCGUUGUCGUGGUCGUGCCGUCGACUGCGAACCAACCGCCACCGGAGGAAGUGGCGCCCGCGGUCGUCGUCGUCGUUCUCCUACUACCCAACCCGGGCCGCGGCGGUCAACGGGCCCAAGUUCCCUAGAUACUACCAAUAACCACCCUCUGCGGUCAUCCGCUGUCCGAGUGUUUGGCAAAGCAUGCGAAAGCUUUUCGAUUUCGACGGCCGGAGAACAACAAAACCAGUGAAUAAAUUAUUGACCCGAGGAAAGCGCACAACACACGCACACACGCACGUAAUGGAAAAAUAAAGAAAAAAAAUUCUCUCGCGCACGCAUCCUCGUACCGUUGACCACAUUUUUAUCUGAGACAUUGAGCGAAGCGAAAAACGUAUUGGUGUUUCGACCAAAUCACAUCUUUCCGUGUUUUUUUUCGCCGCCAGCGCUCUUAUGCGGACGUAUCGUUAAAUCCAAAACCGUGCACUGAAGGUAACAAUUUAAAUGGAUAGUUAUUCGAUUGGUUAUUUUUCCGAUAAAGUACAAGUUUCCUUUGGCUUUUUCGUUACAAACUCUUUCGGUCGAACAAAUCAUUUUUAUGAACAUUUCAUGAAUAUCACUUGAAAACUUGACCGUUUUACCUUAUCGAUUUUUUUUAACCGAUCCAAUGUAGUAUAUAUACCUAAUACUUUGAACAAAUUAUAGUUUUUCGAAAUAUGAUGAUUUAUCAUGGUUUUCAAAUGUAUACAACCAACACUCCAUUUCGUAACACGCAAGUUAUUAUAGUGACUCACACACAAAUCGAAUCGUGCUCCGUCAGUAGUCCCUGGGACGACCGUCAGCUGUCCAGUCUAAAAAAUAACAAACACUUAGUUUUUUAAUAAACUGGACUUAACCGACUUUUAUCUGAAACAAGGGCGUAUUUUAGUCGAGGCCAUGGAGGGGGAGAGCAAAACUAAUUUUCCUUUAAUACAAACUUAAAAAUAAUUUAUAACUCAUUACCUACCCAUGCUCAUAUUCCUGUUACGCAUUCAAGUGAAUAAAUAAAAAUACAAGUACCAAAUUGAAUUAAAUAUUUACUCAAUAAAUAUAUU